AUGACUAGCCUACGAAAAACCCACCCACUAUUAAAAAUCGCAAAUGACGCACUUGUAGACCUCCCAGCCCCAUCAAACAUUUCUGCAUGAUGAAAUUUUGGUUCCCUCUUAGGAUUGUGCCUUAUUAUCCAAAUUGUUACUGGCCUAUUCCUUGCAAUACACUAUACCGCUGAUAUUUCCUCUGCUUUCUCAUCUGUAGCCCACAUCUGUCGAGAUGUAAACUACGGAUGACUAAUCCGAAACCUACAUGCCAAUGGAGCUUCCUUCUUCUUCAUCUGCAUCUACCUUCAUGUGGGCCGAGGACUUUACUACGGCUCAUACCUUUAUAUGGAAACAUGAAACAUUGGUGUUAUUCUACUUCUUUUAGUAAUAAUAACUGCAUUUGUAGGUUACGUCCUACCAUGAGGACAAAUAUCCUUCUGAGGAGCUACAGUAAUUACUAACCUCUUAUCUGCUGUCCCAUAUGUGGGCAACACCCUAGUUCAAUGAAUCUGAGGAGGUUUCUCAGUUGACAAUGCUACCCUAACCCGGUUCUUUGCCUUCCACUUUCUUUUCCCUUUUGUUAUCCUUGCUGUUACAGUUCUCCAUCUUCUAUUUCUUCAUGAAACAGGAUCCAACAACCCCCUGGGUUUAAACUCAGAUGCAGACAAAAUUCCAUUCCACCCAUACUUCUCAUACAAAGACCUCCUAGGCUUCGCCAUCAUACUCACUGCCCUGACAUCCCUAGCACUAUUUGCCCCUAAUUACUUAGGAGACCCAGACAAUUUUACACCUGCCAACCCACUUGUAACACCCCCUCAUAUCAAGCCAGAGUGAUACUUCCUAUUCGCCUAUGCCAUCCUUCGGUCUAUUCCUAACAAACUUGGAGGAGUCCUUGCCUUACUUGCCUCUAUCUUAGUCCUUAUAGUAGUCCCCUUCCUUCACACAUCAAAACAACGAGGUUUAACAUUCCGACCCCUAUCCCAAUUCCUAUUUUGAACCCUUGUAGCAGAUGUAAUUAUUCUUACAUGAAUUGGAGGAAUGCCUGUAGAACACCCUUAUAUUAUCAUUGGACAAAUUGCAUCCUUCCUCUACUUUUUUAUCUUCCUCUGCCUUUUCCCAAUAGCAGGGCUGAUAGAAAACAAACUUCUUCAAACAGCUU